AUGGAGCCGAGGCGGAUCUCGGCGAGCCCGCGCCCGUGCAGCGGGCGGCGGGUGGUGGCGGCCAGGAAGAGGCCGAGGCAGGAGGCCGUAGUGAGCAGCGUGCGUAAGCUGCAGCGCCGGGAGAUCAGCUCCCGCCGCGACCGCUCCUUCGCCUUGAGCGCCGCGCAGGAGCGCUUCCGCAACAUACAGCUGCAGGAAGAGUUUGAUACUCAUGAUCCAAAGGAGAACACUUUGCUACUCCCUUACUUGAGGAAAAGUCAGGAGUAUGUGCUGCUUUUUAGUAGAGGUACAUUCAAGCGAGGACAACCAGAUGCUGGUUUCCCUCUUUUCGAGUCUGAGUCAUUGAAAUGGCCUGGAUUUGUAGAGUUUGAUGAUGUCAAUGGGAAGGUUUUGACUUAUUCUGCUCAAGACAGCACUUACAAGGUGUUUGAUUUGAAAAACUACACGCUACUGUAUUCGGUGUCUGAUAAGAAUGUUCAAGAAAUAAAGAUCAGCCCUGGGAUAAUGCUAUUGAUUUAUACAAGAACAAGCAGCUCGGUUCCUCUGAAGAUUCUUUCCAUUGAGGAUGGUACAGUCUUGAAGUCCUUCAGCCACCUUCUCCAUCGUAAUAAGAAGGUAGAUUUCAUUGAACAGUUCAAUGAAAAGCUUCUGGUCAAGCAGGAAGGAGAGAAUCUUCAAAUUCUGGAUGUAAGGAACUUCCAGUUGACAGAAGUGAGCAGAACUGAGUUUAUGACUCCAUCUGCCUUUAUCUUUCUGUAUGAGCUGCAACUGUUCCUGACAUUCAGGAAUCGAUCAGUAGCAGUUUGGAACUUUCGAGGUGAACUGGUCACAUCAUUUGAAGAUCACCUGUUGUGGCACACUGACUGCAACACAAACAACAUAUACAUUACAAGUGAUCAAGAUCUUAUUAUUUCAUACUGCAAGGCUGACUCAACUGAUUCAUCUUCAGAAGAAAAUGCUGGCUCUAUAAACAUCAGCAGCAUACUGACUGGCAAAUGCUUGGCCAAAAUAAAUCCUGGAAAUUCAUGCAAGCAAAAGAAAGCAUGGAGGUUCCAGAAUACGGUCUCGGAGGCCCUUGAGGACAUCACAGCUCUGUACUAUGACGAAGAUCGUGAUGAGAUCUACACUGGCAACCGGCAUGGCCUUGUCCAUGUGUGGUCGAACUGA